AGUGAGUUUGGCCGUCUGUGCCGGAGAUAUUACAUUUUAUAUAAGCCUGAUAAUCGCUUCACUGUGAGUUAAUUUCGGAAGUUUGAUGGCCUAGUAGUAUCCCAACUUGCGAUCAUGAUCAAAGUGAUCUGAUAUUCAGCGAAUAUUUAAUUCUGAACUGCCACUUUGUCUGAGAUAAAAUCUGGCAUGCUUCUCAAGAAACUCAUCAUUUAGAAUAGCUAAUAUUACUGGGAAACUUUAGGGAAUAUUCAGAGGAAGACAACAGCCUAUCAAAAUGACGACUACAUCAAUAAUGUAUUCUGUCGCCAUGGCAACGCUUAAUGCUACUGCGGAACCAUAUUCCGAGCCGGAGCCCGAACCGGAAUCCGAACCCGAGCCCGAACCGGAGACGAUCAUGGGUAGCAUGGAGCCGGAGCCGUGGAUAACCGGUAUGUUGUCUGGCGAGCCGUUUGCUGAGAUUUCAUCGGAACCGGUGGCAGAACCGGAACCGACAAUGAACUUUUGUGUGCAGGUCGUCCUCGCCCUCAUCGCCGCAAUCAUCCUCGUGGUCGGGACGGUCGGUAACGCACUCGUCAUCGCCGUCAUUUCCAGAAUGAGAGCAGAUCGAACGGUUACAGAAUUAUUCCUCCUCUCCCUUGCCAUAGCUGAUGUAUUUGUUUGUGUGAUAUGUACUCCACUCAUCAUCGUCGGCAUCACCGUUCAACAGGGACAUACUGGUGUCUCAUACAUUGUGGAGCAGGUCAUGUUCUAUUUUUCAUCCGUUGCUUCAAUCCUGAGUCUAUCUGCCAUCGCUCUAGACAGACACGAUGCUGUCAUACACCCUAUGUCUAGGAGACUAAACAUCCAGCGCUCAAAACAGGUCCUCGUGGUCAUCUGGUUGAUAUCGAGUGCAGCAGCCGUCACCAUCUUCUUCAUACCUCAGAAGUACGAGUUCGCCGUCCUGGCCGUCUUCUUCGUCGUCCCCCUCGUGUUCAUGGUCGCCUGCUACUACCGGAUCGUCCGGGUAGCCAGGCAGGCUGCGUCGAGGGUGAGGAAAGCCAGCGAGGCGGGAAUUAGAAAGACCACCAAAAGUCCGCCUCGCACGGACAAGACACUUCGUAUGGUGAUCGUCGUCCUAGUCAUCUUCGUCAUUUCUUGGUUACCCUCCCUCAUCAGCCGCCUCCUCAAGUACACCACGCCGAUGACAGCGGGUCAGAAGGCGACCAUGGAAGUCACUGCGUGCCUCAUCGCCUACGCUGGAAGCGCGCUCAAUUUCGUCGUCUACGCCUUCAUGAGUCGGAAAUUCCAGCGCGGACUUAUUACGCUCCUCGGCUGUCAGCGUUAUUUCAAUCGCAAAGUCGAUCCAGACACCAAACCCAAGAGCGACAUCGGCAAGACGUGCAUCCACCUCGCCGUCGAGGUCCCAGUCGACGACGACAACCAGGAGAAGAAGACAGGGUACAUGACAUAUCCUUCGAUAUCAUCGAGGUCGAGAGACGUGAAUGAAAAACACCUCUUAUAAAACGAUAAAGAAGAUGGCAUUUUGACUCUGUGAAUCAUUUACCCUACUGAUUUCGAAGAUCGUGUGAUGUGAAAUCGGUGGGGCCCUGCAUUGCUCUGAAAUACGUGACAUAAUUAUAUUCUGCAAGACGAAUUCGUGAAUUCGUUUAGCGCGUUCUAUAAAGAAUGCGUCACUUUUACAUCAAAAUAAGAGUUGCCUUUGACACAUAAGUGACGUAAUUGGUGGAAGAUAUUUUCGGACAUGAACAAAUGGACAUCUCGAUUUGAUAGAAUUGAUGUAUGGAGCAGUUGCAACG